UGCAUUGUGGUACCUUUUUCCAUGAUUGCGUUCUGACCCCAGUGCAACUCAGUGUAAACAAGCAUAACAGUAGGGUCGGAAACUGCUGUAAAACUAGCUAAUUUUAUGCUGAAGAGGAGAAUGGAACAUAUCGCGAGCGAGCCUGCUGUGUGUGUGCUGUGCAGUAGUAUAGCUAGCUAGCUAAGCAGCCAGCGUGGGAGUCUAAUCAGAAGACAGGUAUCCAACUGUGAAGUUGAUUCGGUUUGCUCUUGCCAUCCCCAUAAUCAUCCGAGUGCAGAAGAUUAAGGAGCCGUGUCAACACUUCUGUUCGGGAUCUUUCAGUUAUCCUGAUCACUUUAUGCAGUGAGUGGAGGGGAAUAAUCGCAUCGCCCGACCAUGCUCACAUUUAAAAAAGGAAGAGCUGCCUCGUGAUUUUACCACCCUCAAGCGAGAGAGCGAGGGAGAAAUCAUCAUCAACCACAGAGCGAGAGGAGAGAUCAUCAUCAACCACAGAGCGAGAGGAGAGAUCAUCAUCAACCACAGAGCGAGAGGAGAGAUCAUCAUCAACCACAGAGCGAGAGAUCAUCAGUCACUCACGGAAACGACGCUGAGGACUCGUCACGACAGAGAGACGUCCAUUCCCCUUUCCAGUUAGCUAGCUUCUCAAACCUCCUCGCUUCCUUCCAACGUCCCCCCGGUACUACCCGAGUUGGGCAACGGUAAUCACGCGCCUCCGCCUGGACUGACAACCCCAGAGGAAGAGGGCGAGAGGCACGGCUCCCUCGGGUCCCCCCCACGCUUCGUGGAGAGAAUCGCUGAAAUGAGAUGAGGCUCAGAAAUGGAACGGUGGCGACUGCGAUAAUUUUCUUCACGUCGUUUCUCAGCCUGUCUUGGUACACAUCCUGGCAAAAUGGCAAAGAGAAGUUGGUAGCGUACCAGAGGGAGUUCCAUGCCCUGAAAGAGCGCCUCCGUGUGGCCGAGCACCGGACCCUGCAGCGCUCCUCAGAGCUCAACAACAUCCUGGAGCAGUUCAGACGGGUCAUCGCUGAGACCAACGGCAGCAAGGACGCUCUCACCAACUUCUCAGAUGAGACCCAGAAGCUGCUGAAGGAGCUGGCCAGUAGGAAGCCUCUCCAGGUGCCAAACAUCUACCACCACCUGCCUCACCUGCUCAACAAUGAGGGCAGCCUGCACCCCGCUGUCCAUGUCGGCCUGGGCCGCACUGGAGUCUCCAUGGUGAUGGGUAUUCCUACCGUAAAGCGUAAAGUGAAGUCGUACCUGGCUGAGACGCUACACUCGCUCAUCAACAAGCUCUCACCUGAGGAGAAACAUGACUGUGUCAUCAUAGUCUUCGUAGGAGAGACGGACACAGAAUACGUCCAAAGCGUGGUGACCGGACUGGAGAAAGAGUUUUCUAUAGAGUUCAGUUCAGGUCUGUUGGAGGUGAUCUCUCCUCCUGCCAGCUACUACCCUGAUCUCAAAGACCUCAAAGAAACCUUCGGAGACUCCAGAGAGAGGGUCAGAUGGAGGACCAAGCAGAAUCUGGACUAUUCCUUCCUCAUGAUGUAUGCUGUGAGCAAAGGAGUCUACUAUGUCCAGUUGGAGGAUGACAUUGUGGCCAAACCAAACUACUUUGCCACCAUGAAGAACUUUGCCCUACAGCUCUCCUCUGAGGACUGGAUGAUCCUUGAGUUCUCCCAACUCGGCUUCAUCGGUAAGAUGUUCCAGGCUCCAGAUCUCAACCUCAUAGUAGAGUUUAUCCUCAUGUUCUAUAAGGAGAAGCCCAUUGAUUGGCUACUGGACCACAUCCUCUGGGUCAAAGUGUGUAACCCAGAGAAAGACGCGAAGCAUUGUGAGAGGCAGAAGUCGAGUCUGCGUGUGCGGUUCAGGCCCUCUCUUUUUCAACACGUGGGGCUGCACUCCUCUCUGGCCGGAAAGAUCCAGAAACUCACUGAUAAGGACUUCCUGAAGCCCCUGCUCCAUAAGAUCCAUGUGAACCCGCCUGCUGAGGUGUCCACAUCUCUCAAGGUGUACCAGGGCCACACUUUGGAGAAGACCUACCUGGGAGAAGACUUCUUCUGGGCCAUCAAUCCUACUGCUGGAGACUACGUCCUCUUCAAGUUUGACAAGCCCAUCAACAUAGAGAGGUUCCUGUUCCGCAGUGGGAACCAGGAACACCCUGGAGACAGGAUAGAGAACACCACUGUAGAGAUACUGCCCUUCUCGGAAACUGGACCUAAGUCCAAAGAGAAAUACAAGCGAACUGAUGACCGCUUCUACAGAGUCGGUCAGUUUGAGAAGGGUGUGGCUGAGGGGGCUGUAGACACCUCCUUCAACCCGGUGGUGGCGCUGCGUCUCUCUGUUGUCCAAGACUCAGCUGUCUGGGCCAUCCUCAGCGAGAUUCACAUAAAGAGGAGAGCAGGCUGACAAAACGCGGGGGGCCACAUCAAUCCUGGCCCCCAGCCCCGGGGUGCUCGCAGACGCACCUAAAACUGAUUGACCAGGGGCCUUCUGCCACCUAGCAACCAGCAGUGACAUCAUCAGAGCGCACCAGAGCCGCUCCUCUCAGGGUUUCUAAGGGCGCUGUCACUCGAUUGCUUUCUCUCUAUUUCUGCCUAUCCUUUCCUCUCUCUCUCGCUCUCUUUUUGCGUGAAUGUGAAUACUACUGUACAAAAAAGAGCCAGAUGUAAAAUAUCAGAAGUCAUUUGGUGUGUCCGGAAGAAAUCCGUUUCCAGCUCUGACUGUGGAGGUAACGCCGAUGCCUUGUGACUCGGAGAGACACACCUCAGCUGAUCUGAGAGGCUGAUGUCACCAGGACGCUGGUGUUGUACAUGCUGCUCUCUGCUCCAUGUGCUCUUCCUCUCAGCCUCUCUGAUCUGUUCCACUGAGGUAUUGCACUCACUGGAGCCAUAGUGGAGCCCCCUGCUGGUGACUGAAGUGACUGAAGAAUGGCUCCAUCAGCCUCAAAGACUUGUUGAUUUUUGUUCUUUUCCACAGAGUUGUGUGUUUUUGGUAAACAGCAGGUAAUAAAUAGACAAACAAGUUGUCAGUCUUUCUUAUGGUGAAGAUAACUGCCUUUAUCACUUCCUUCUUUUGAAGGGGAUUACAAUGACGAUGGCAAACGAAGCGGAAACUAAAUGUGGUUCCCCAUUUUUAAAGUGACAGGUCUGCCAAACUAUGCCCUGGGUAGAAGUCACCCAUAGGUGCAGAUCUUGGAUCAGCUUGCCUUGCUCAAGUCUCAACCCAAACCAUUCUGGGCAAAACACCUGAAACUUACCUAAGAUCUGUGUCUGGGGCAGUUUCAUCCAGUGGAGGCUGCUGAGGGGAGGACGGUUCAUAAUAACGGCUGGAAAUGAGCAAAUAUAAUGGCAUCAAGCACAUGGAAACCAUGUGUUUGAUGUAUUUGAUACCAUUCCACUGAUUCCACUCCAGCCAUUAUCAUGAGCCCGUCCUCCCCAAUUAAGGUGCCACCAACCUCCUGUGGUUUCAUUUUAUUCCAUGAAAAAUCUUUGCGACUGAAGGAAACCACAUCUAUCUUUCUACUUCCUGUUUGACAGGAAGUCAGUCUGAAAGACCUCUAGUGUCCUUUAAGUGGUAAACUAAUCAGACUUUGGCCUUGACUUUGCUCACCUGAAGGGAUGUAUUGCUAUAUUAAUUUUAUUAUUAUUAUUACGACAAUGACGACGUAUGAAGGUGAAUUAAUUUAUUUCAAAUAAAUCUUUCAUUUGUACAAGAGGUUCAAAGAAAACAAAUAUUUAUGCUACGGUAGUUGAUGUGUGCGUGCAUGUGUUCUUUUUGUUCCCGAAACGAGCUGCUUGGUAUUUCAUGUUGUCUUGUCCGCUGGUUGGUUGAGAAAGAGGUUGAAUCGAACUGCUGUUCCAGAGUCAGUUUUUGUAUAACAUUUCUCAGAUGGUCAAAGUUAAAAUGACAUCAGAACAGGCCUUAAGCCAGAGAUCCUGGCUGAGGUUGUGCUAGAUCCAUACCCAUGUGCCUUAAAGUCCCGCUCCUCCAUAAUGAGUCCGGAGCAGAAAUUCCCUUCAUUCACUCCCUUCCCUCUACCCUACAAUAGAGGAUGUUGACUCUUUUGAAGGGAUUUGAGGAUUUGAUCACGUGAUACAAGAUUUACAGAUGACAGGGGUAACGGUUCCUCCAUAACUCUCCACCAAUUGUACAGUAUGACUCAUAAUAAUAAUAAUUUUAUAUGUCAUUUAGCUGACGCUUUUAUCCAAAGCGACUUACAGUCAUGUGUGCAUACAUUCUACGUAUGGGUGGUCCCAGGAAUCGAACCCACUACCCUGGCGUUACAAGCGCCAUGCUCUACCAACUGAGCCACAGAAGGACCAUCAGCAAUGGGGGAUUCAUUCACUUCAUUACAUUUUAUUUUGAUGACUUCACUAUAUUGAAAUGAUAUAUUGAACAGAUGAUCAAAUGCUAUUUCGAACGUUGCACUGAGUUUUCAACUUACAGUUUUGAAUGCUCCAUUCUUUAGUUUUUUGCUGUUGCUGGGCUUUCAUUUACCAUCUCCCCGUUGGUUAUGUCAUUUUACAAUUCUGACAUCAUCAGUGAGUUCUACCCCAUGUGAUGUCUGAUUCUGUCCAAUCAUUCAAUUGGAGACUGCUGGCAGUGGUUAGACAGGAUGUUGCAUUUAUUCUAUGUGCCAUCUAGUUGCAGACGGAUGCAUUCGUACCAGUGGAGGCUGCUGAGGGGAGGAUGGCUCAUAAUAAUGUCUGGAACAGAGCGAAUAGAAUGGCAUCAAACACAUAGAAACCAUGUUUGAUACCAUUCCACUCAUUCCGUUUCAGCCGUUACCACGAGCCCAUCCUUCCCAAUUCAGGUGCCAUUAACCUCCUGUAAUGCUGACGGCGACGCUCCCCUGGGGGCGCAUCUUAUCUACUCUGAUUAAAGAGCCAUUUGCAUUGCUCUUUAAUGCAUAGGUAGGUUCAGGAUAGGUCAAAAUGUGUGUGUUUUUUUUUUCAUGAGAAAUGUUUAUACAAUAAGAGAUUUUAUGAAGAUUGAGUUUUUCUAUCAAAAUUCCAUCAACAUGAGAGAAGAUUGUGAUCGGUUUGAUUGGGAGUGCUAUUUUAAAUGUCAAACAUGUGCAUGCACGCACGUCCAAUUCUAAAUCAGCCCCUACAUCACAGCACUUAAUGUUGGUCGAGUAGGGUUGGACAAAUACAGUAUAAGGAAAAAAUCCCAGCUACACUGUCAGAGGGCAAGCUGGUGCCUACCCAAAUCUUUAAAUAAAAACUCCUAGGUAGGAUGAAGACUAGGGGUGGAUUUAGAAAGCGGGACACUUUGUACCAGGUUUGCUUGUCUGUAAAUGUCCUUUAUUUAUUGUGUGAUUGAUUGAUUGAUUGAUUGAUUGGUCAACUUUUUGAAUGGAGCUGGCCCCUCCCCUGAGCCCCCUGGUCAAACCAGACCCUCUCGCUCACACCUGGGACUUUAUUUAAAGAGCGCAACGGAUUAGAACCUUCAUAUAGAAAUCUAUGCUGUAGAUCUGAUAUGAUUCUCUGUGUAGAAAUGGGAAUCGUGCCAGAUCUAUACAUUACAUUUCUAUCUGCAACGCUCUAGCGAAGGAUUUGCAACCUCCUGAAUUAACCUCUUCUUAAGGUGGAGGACGGCUUGAGCAGAGGGGAACACAAACUGUGUUUCUCAAUAGUUUAAAGGGGGUUACUUCCAACCUUUUUUUGUGCCCUUCAUCCACGCUUAUCUAAGAUUGUUUAGAAAAGCAAUAUGGAGGUAAGCCUAUUAUUGAGUCGCUUGCCUAGACCCUAGAGGUAGAUGAAAGGUAAGAGACAGACAGUCAGGCUCACCCCACCCCUGCCUGCUUCCACCUUCUCUGUUCUCCCCAUCAUGUCAUGUGCCUUCAUCACUUCGUUAGUAUAUCUGCCUCUGAUGAUUCUGGCAUGAAUUUACAUGGACAUCAUUGAAAUAAAUCAAAAUGGUUGAUACAAAUCACA